AUGAGACUUUUCAAAAGGCGUUGUUCUGAUCCAAGUCCUCAACUUGUUAGUUUGUCGCCUAUUGAACAGGACCACAGAGAUGUAUCGCCCGGCUAUGCAACUCCAAAAGGAUGUACCACACCUGAUAAUGGUUCACCAAAACCUCACAAAAAAAGUUUAGCAACCUGGGGUAAAAAAGUUGGAAGAAAAUGGGAUCAGUUAAAAAGAAGUGAUUCUUCUGAAAUACUCCAAGUUUCUCCUAAUCGUAGAAGACAAUGGUCACCCAUAUCUACGAAAGAUAAAAAUAAUCAAAAUAUUGAAUUUCAUCAAAAUUACAUUGAUAAAUUACAUAAUAACCAAAAUAAACGUUUAUCAAGAAUAGAAAGUAUUAGAAGUAUUGAUGAACCAAGGACUUUAGAAGAAAAAGAUCAAGAUUGGCUAAAGGAAAAAUGUCAAAAAGGUCUCGAGGAUCUAUACGCCAUGGAAAACCCUUCAAAAAUAAAAAUAAUUCCUCCCAAAAUUAUGUCUAUUAAAAGAACGGCAUUAUCUGUUAACAUUGAUGAGAAUCCUCUUGAAGAACAGUGCAUUUUAGAAUAUCUUAUUUCUAAUAAAAAGGUAUUAGGAUUAACGAAGAGUAUUGAUAACCUUCAGACUCUAAAUUAUGAAGACCUUCUUAAUGUGUUCAAUCAAGCUACAAAUCGUGUAAAUCAAAAUUCUUCUCUUAAAAACCGAAGGAGAAGACAUACAAGUUUUGGAGAAACGUUUAUGAUAAAUAAAAUGGACGAAAAGAAUCGUGUGGUAAUAAAAGCAGAUGAAAGUGGUUAUGAGAGUGAUUCGACUAGAAAUGGUGGAGACUCACCCAGAGGAUCAAUUAAAUCACAGUCUUCAGUUGAUAAUGAUGAAUUUUCUAGAAAAAAUGUUCGUAUGGGAAUACGAAGAGGUGAUGUCAAGGAACUUCAAAUUGGAUCAAAUGUAGAGGUCUCAUCAUUAAUGUGUGAUGAAUGUAAAAAACCGGAACGAAAUAUGAGUCUUUAUCAAAGGUUUUUAUUGAAAAAAAGUAGCUGCAUAGGUCCAAACAAUCGACAUACCGAGAUGAAAACCAUACGGUUUAGCAAACGCCUUGGUGAAGAUGUUGGAGUUAAUGUGGAGUAUCGAGACUCUUCUUCGAGAACUAGUACAUUAAUUAUUACAGCUUUGACAGGCCCAGCAGCUAGGGAUGGUAAAUUAUGUAUCCAAGAUGAAAUAAUAAAAAUCAAUGGUACCAGAGUAAAGGGUUUAAGGCGUCAAGAUGUGGAAUCCAUAAUGCGUUCAUCGAAGUAUAGCAUAGAAUUUGUUGUUUCUAGAUCUAAAUGCCAACCAAUCACAAAUACAGAACAAGUGUUAUUAAUUCAAAAACCCCCAACUGUUCCUAAAUACCCAGCAAAGUCAGAAGAAGUACAUGAGCCCCUUUAUUCUAGACAAUCAUCUUUGCCAGAAAUCAAGUUAGAGGAAAAACCUAAGAUGACUGGAAUGCGUAAAUUCUCUGUGCAUUUAGAUCAAACUCGACCAAAACAUACUCAGCUACCUCGAUUGCCAAGACCUAGAUCAUUAUCUAUAUCUCUAAAAACGAUAAUUUUUCAUAAAGGACCAGGAUAUAAGUCUUUAGGUUUCAGUAUCGUUGGUGGAAUUGACUCUCCAAAAGGAUGCAUGGGGAUUUUCGUUAAAACGAUUUUUCCUACAGGUCAAGCAGCAGAAUCACAGCUCUUAAAAGAGGGUGAUGAAAUUAUCAGCGUAAAUGGCAAAAGUAUGGAUGGUUUCAAACAUUCUCAAGCGAUUGCGCUAUUCAAAGAAGUAAAAUGUGGCCAGAUUGUCAUAGAAGUUGGACGAAGAGAUCUCAUCAAAAGGAGCAAUAAAUCUAAAUCUUGCGAUGAAUUAGACAAAGUUGUUAAAGACCGUUGA